CUCUUCAUUGGGCAGUGAAACUUGUUGGCACAUUGAAGGUUGUGCAGUCUGAAAACUGAGGCGGUGCUCAAAUAAUCCAUCCCAUGCCACAAAGUUUUGGUCUUCCAGCUUGGAUCCAGCACGUUUGAUCAGGAAUCAGGAUAAUAUCAUCUGAUUAAAAACAUUAGUAAUCUCUCAAGCGACACCUGCCUUGCGACUGCUGCUACGUGUCAAUGUAGCCAGAAUGUGUCGUGUCACACCCAGAUUGACAUGCAAAAACCAACACUGUUUCUCGUGCUCCACCGUCACUCGGUCACUCUUUAAACUCUCAACAAGCCUGAAUAUGCUCAUUAAUAUCCAAAUACAGUUACAGAACAACAAACGAAUCUCUCCAAAUCAAUAGUUUAGAUCAAAAUGGCUGAUUUACGUGAUGAGUAUGGGAAUCCAAUUCAACUGACUGAUGAACUCGGGAACCCGGUUCAGUUAACCGACGAAUGCGGUAACCCCAUGCACCUUACUGGUGUUGCUCGCACCAAAGAUGCAGCCGCUGCGAGCCAAGUCCACGGAGUUGGUAUUGGUUUUCCACCUGCUGCUGCUCAUGUGCCUGCUGGUUAUGAUGUAGGAGCUCAGGCUCAGCUUUCGACCGAGGAAGGUCAUCAUGAGCAUCGAGAGUUGAAGCAAGAGCUGGAACAUGACCGCCAGCGUCAGCAACAUGUGGGUGCUGAAGAGGCGAUGCAGCGCUCUCGCAGUUCAAGCUCUAGCUCGUCUGAGGAUGAUGGGCAAGGUUUGAGGAGGAAGAAAAAGGGACUGAAGGAGAAAAUAAAAGAUAAACUUGGUGGAAGUGGAAAGCACAGGGAGGAGCAUUCACAGACCACAGCAACCACCAACUCUCCAGGACAGCAACAAGGGCAUAAUGAGAAGAAAAGUUCGAUGGAGAAGAUCAAGGAGAAACUUCCUGGUCAUCAUUCCGAUUAAUGUAUUAUAACAUAUACAAUUUAUAUAUCAAAUUGUACUUACGUUUCGUUGUAACAUAAAAACUGUAACUAGCUGUGUGCCAUUAGAGCACCGAGCGAGCUAGCUUAUAAUCAAGUUGCAGCAGUCAAUAAGGUUAAAUUAAGUAUGUACCCAUGUGUAAUGCAAUUCAUAAUGUUUAUAUGUUA